GUUUGGCCCUGGGUGAUGUAGCUCCUGCGAUGGAGACUAGCUGAUGCUUCCAGCAAGGCUUGUCUUUCCAUUACUUGGCGCACUCGUGCCAGUGGUAGUUGGCAGUCCACCAGAAGAUGCUAAGCGCAACAGGGCUGGAAUGGAAGGCUUGGUGCCUUUAUACUUGUGGGUGCAAAACAAGACCAAGCAACGCUUCUUGAACAUGUGCCGUGAGGAGAACGUCAGCAUCUCCGAAAUGCUGAUGAGAUGGGCUUCGUUUCAAGCUGUUGAGAGGCCUGCGCUUCCUGGGGAUCAAUGGAGAACUCGCAGUGAAAGUGGGGUAUCGCCUGCAGAACAGAUGAAACCAGAGUCAACUGGUGGGGUUGGGCCCAAUCUUCGGGAGGUGACCAAAGAGAGGAAGCCGCUGGGUCAAACUUUCAUGCUGGAUCUGCGAGAAGCUGACGUGAACUUGCUGAAGAAAGCAGGGAGAAAACAAUCGCUCUUGGCAACCUGGACAACAGGGGAGUCCAAGUACAUGAGUUUAGCGCUGAAUUUGGCACUCUCAGUGCGGCGCAACACUCCGCAUCUGGAGAGGAGCUUUGUGUGCAUCGCACUGGAUCGUGAAGCCCGCCGUGCCAUGCGGAAACAUAGGUUCCAGACCAUCCUUCACGCAGUACCACGCCUUGACCUGAAAGAUGCAAUUUGGAAAAUGCGGUGGUUUAUUUUGCAUACCUUUGCUUACUUCGGGGUCAAUGGCUUUGUUCUGGACUCAGACAUUGUGGUGCUGCGAAGUCCAUUUGAAGUCUUGAAAGGGGAUGCUGAUUUUGAGGUGAUGACAGAUCAUUUCUGGCCAGAACUUCAUUUGUGGGAGUAUUGGACCAGACCCGAGGAGCACAUCAAUACUGGAUGCAUCUAUGUAAAGGCUUCGAACCGCACCAAGGCAUUCCUGUAUGAGUUCUUGGAGGACCACAACGAGACUCAGGUCGGUGGUAUCCCUCGCCAUUGGAUGGACCAGCAAGUGUUCAACAAGUUUGUGCAGCGCAAGCUCUUCCAUUCGUCCAGUGAUUUAGUGCAUGGUUUGUACGAGAGCCAGAUCUACCGGAACACAAGGCCGCUCCUGCCAGUUGUGGACCCAAUACGUAUCAGAAUCCUGGAUCCGGUCGUGGUGGCCCAUGGCAUGAACUACUUUUGGAUUCGAGCUCAUGAACGGCCUGGGCAGGAGCGGCAACCCGUCCUCGCUCACGCCAAUGGAGUAGACGGAAAAGAGUACUUUUUGCGGGAUCGAAAGCUUUGGUAUCUUAAUGACUUUGAGACUCGCUUUGAGGGGCAAAAUUUUUUGACCUAUGAGCACCCGCCGCGCCUGUCAUUGGCGAAUGACUUUCGGCAUCUCACAAGAGCUGUGGUAGUAGCAGCUUCUUUGAAGCGGCGUUUGGUCUUGCCAAAUCGCAUGAAUUGCAACAACUGCCCAGCGCUCGAAGCCUAUAAAGGGACGGCAAUGCUGGGAACGAGCAACUGUACUUUUGACUACUUUGCUUGGUCACAAAGCUUUUUGGGCCACCAUGGAGAAUUGGUAGUUGAAAGCGGACUGGAGUCAGAUCCGCAUUUCGCACUACUUUCAGCAGAGACAGCAACGUCCGACCACUUUGUUGAGCUCUUCCAAGCAGCAUGGAAAGGUGGCCAUGGCGGUAAGGGCAACUUCCGGUCCAGAAGGCUGCACAUUGCAGACUUGGAAUUGGCUUACAAAACUGCUCUUGAAGUUGGGUUUAGACCGGCUAUGGUGUUUGAGUGUCGUCAUCACGACUGGCCGGUCGGUUGGAUGGCUUGCCGCGAUCAACGAUUUGUGCAAGCUCAAGGCAUGUUUUCGCGCUGUGAAGCAUUCCCAGAGCAAGGGGGGUGUGGAUACCGUGGGGUGACGUGCUGUGAAGCCUUCUGGGGAUGGAGUGAGAAACUGGAAUACUUCACUGGGAAGUCUUGGGAUUUGCCAUGCAACUGUGGUUUGUCAGAAUGCGAGCCGAGAGAAGGCGCAGAAAGGGCACAGGGAUGCUGCGCAUUUGCAGGAGGUCAGCCUAGAUGUGACCGGCGGAUACGCAUGGAGUCUGUACCUGAAAUCAACACACCAGAAGACACCGAGUCUUUGACUUCCACUGCACUUGCUGAACUGGAAGCCUUUGGCGAUCCCAUCUCCUUUUGGAAGACUUGCAGAUUAAACCGUCAGCUCAGAGCUUCAGAUAAAACAAUUGAGGAGUUGUUGUGGAACUGCCAUCGAUUGGCUACUCGCUUUUUGCUCUUAAAGCAGAACUUGGAUGUUUUGGGUCGUUGGUGUCGCUUUGCACAUCGUUUGAGACGAGCAGCCACUGACACUGCAGAUUUAGCCUUUCCCCGAAACUGGCCAAGCCCAACUCUUCUUCGACCUUUCAAUGCAGAGACUGGCAAGGUGGAAGUCCUGCGGACAGAAGAUUUGAACUUGAAGCUUUCUCACGAUCUUGCACAACUUGGUUUCUUGCAGCAGAAGUUCUCCAGGUCGGAGAUCCUUGAGGUAGUUGAAGGGUUGCGACUGCUCGGAAACAUCAAGGUGUUUGAUUCCAUUUACGCUGGAAACCGUGCACGGUUCGUGCCAGAACUGAAAGCAGAGGUGAACAUUACUAUAGAUCCUCUUGUGGACAGUUUCUCCGUCACAGAUGGCAUUUUAAAUUCAAGUUUGGUCGAAGCAUUGGCUGACUGGUUCGCUGAAGCGACAAUUUGGCAUGCGCCACACUUGCAAGGGCAACUCCUACAAGCCUCCCUGCUAGAUGGAUUGAAUUGCGAGGCGUUGAUGAGUGUGGCCAGUGGUUUCAAGUCUCAACUACGUACAUUGGUUCUAGAGAACAUGUGGGCGUGGAAAUUGAACGCGAUGGAUACACACCCUCCAGUACGUGUUUACAGCAACAGCCAGUUUGGCGCUCCUGAUUUGUUAUUGUUGUUUUGGGUUUCCGAUGGUGAAGAAAGUGAGGGCCUGGAGCUCACUCGGAGUAAAAGAAGACACUUCAUUCAGAGACGAAAGAACCGCGUUGUUCUCUGGGGUCCAGAAUGGAUUGGAGCGCUUCACUUCGGAAGAGCACAGAGUGAAUACAGGGCUAAACAAGUUGACUUGAUCAUGAGCUUCCGCAAAAGCUUUGGUCACAAGCUGUACCCUGGUUGGGGUGUGCACGCUUUGCAGUGGUCCGGUGAAUCAGCAUGAAGGAUUCCCGUAUGAGGCAAACUGUCUGAUGAAGCGGGGCCGUUCAAGCUUGGCAGCAAGACCCCAUGCCGUACCAUAAUUCCGUUUGUUAGAAUAUCAACCUCGAUGGUCUAGGCCCAGGUCAGUUGAGCUCGGCGAGCAAUGACGAGCUGCCCCAAGACACCAUAGGUACCGAUGCAAAGACUGACCAGGAGGCAACUGAUAACAUUCUGGGGCCUUUGCCUUCCCCGGACAUUGACAAAUUGCUGAUUGCUGAGCCUCUUCCAUGGGCAAAGAAAGAUGAGACGGUGGAGGAAAAGGACAUUACAAAUGAGUAGCCCAAGGAGUACGGGGUCGAGAUGCCCUACCUCCAACGAGACAGCGGUGAAAUCCCAAUCGAGCAACUGACGACAUUCUGGGGCCUUUGCCUUUUCCGGACAUUGACAAAUUUCUGAUUGCUGAGCCUCUUCCAUGGGCAAAGAAAGAUGAGACGGUGGCAGUGGCAGUGGAUGAGCCUAUCAAUGAGGAUGAGGACGAGGAACCCUACCCCGACGGGCCUGAUAACCACCAGGACGAAACGGAUGACUCCAUAGAAGAGGAGAAAUUCAAUCCUCGCCCUCCAAACCUACCCCUGUGGGCACGGAGGCUUUGCGAAGAAGAAAUUCAAGAAGGGCCCGAGGAAGGGGCAAUAUUUUUGUCGUGAUACUCGUAAACACCAAUUUGCGAAAGACGUAUGUUGCGAGUUCUGAGGCAGAGAACACGCACCCAACAAUGUUUGGGUUGGAGCACAGCGCAUAAUUGAAAGGUGAGGCUUUUCGAACAGAUGCCAAAUCGGGCCAUCGAUCCAGUGAAAAACGAGAGAACAUGAGGAAUAUGAUGGACCCCAGACAAAGCAGAGAGCCUCCGAUUUCAUCAUCUCGAUGGUGCGCCACGUGUGACAAAUGGUGUUCUUACCAUAA